AUGAUAUUUAUGAACAAAGAACAUGACCCAAUCCUAUGCCAAACUUUCCCUACCUUCUUAGACGGAGCCGCUUUAAUCUGGUUCUCCAACCUCCCAGAAGGAUCCAUCUCCAACUUCGAUGAAUUGGCCGACCAGUUUGUCAACUACUUUGCUGCAUCCAAGAUAUACGUGCACAAUUUCGAUUACCUGAGUACUAUUAAGCAAGGGCCAAAUGAAAGCCUGAAAGACUACAUGACCCGAUUCGCCGAGGCAACUAACAAAAUACCCAACCUAAACCCAAAAGUCCCCCUCCAUGCCCUAAAAAGCGACCUUCGCCCUGGGAAAUUCCAAGAGACUAUAGUCAUAGCAAAACCGAAAACCCUAGCCAAAUUCCGAGAAAAGGCGACAACUCAAAUCGAGAUCGAGGAACUCCAAGCACUACAAAAGGCAAACAAACCAAUCCCAAACAGGGAAGAUGAAAAGCAGAAUAAACAUCCGAAUAAUAGAACAGACCAGAGGCCAAUCAAGCUCACACCUAAGUUCGACAGCUACACUGCCCUAAAUGCCAAAAGAGAGGACAUCAUCAAAGAUAUCCUACAUUCAAAGCUCAUCAAACCUCCAAACAAAGCAGGAACACACCAGGACCAGCGAUACGUGGACAAGUCUAAAUACUGUAGUUUCCACCAGAAAUAUGGACAUUCGACAGACGACUGUGUUAUAGCAAAAUACCUCCUCGAAAAGCUGGCCUGA